AUGUCCAAAUUCUUCUGUCGAUUCUUACGAAGUAUUAUUCUGAGGGAGAUUUCUUGUUUUAGGUUUGAUGAAUUAAAAUUAUCUUGUGUCUCAGAUUUUGUUCAAAAUCUUAUUGAGAAGCAGCAGUAUAUUGAAGCUGUUAGAUUCAUUUGUGCAUAUAAGUUGGCUGACAAGAUUGACCCAGUUGGUCUCUUGCGGCUCGAAAUAGCGAGUGCAAAUCAGAUUCGGGGUAAAAUUGGUGGAAAAAAGCCCAUUGAAAUUAAGGUUAGGCGCAAGGAUACAUCAAUUCGUAUUCUGCGAAAUGUUCUACAGUGCAUUUCAGAUAACAAUCUAGAAUCUCAGGAUCUGGUUGACAAAGUUCGAAAUCACAUUAUUGGGCUAGAAUGGAAGAAGGAAAACCUUAUUGUGCGAGCAAAGCAGAAGGAAGAACUUGGUCAUCUUGUAUCAAAGCUUUCCUCCGCACUUGAAGUGCACCAAACUGAAGAAAAGAAAUGCGCCAACAAUGAAUUUAGCGAAAAUCAAGUGCAGCAACCUGAAGAGACGAUCAGUGCAGAUAUCGCAGUCACUGAGGAUCAAGUUAAAGUGCAACAACCUGAAGAGACGAUCAGUGCAGACAUCACAGACACUGAGGAUCAAGUUAAAGUGCAACAACCUAAAGAAAAGGAAAUAGAAAAAGGAGCAGUCACUAAGAAUCAGGUUAACGUGCAACAAGCUGAAGCUAAGAAACCUAUUAAUGGAGUGCUACAAGCACAGCAACCUGCUAUAGCUUUAUACACGAAACAAGCGAAAAAACUUAAAAAACAAGCGAAAAAACUUAAAACAAUGCAAAGUGCAAAUGGAGCAGUCACCGUGAAUCAAGUGAAAGUACAACAACCAGAAGCAAAGAAACCUGGAAAUGGAGCAGUUAGCAUGAAUCAAGUUAAAAUGCAACAACCGGAAGCACAGAAACCUGCCAACAGAGCCGUCACCAUGAAUCAAGUUCAAGGGCAACAACCUGAAGAAAAUAUAUCUACUAAUGAAACAGUCACCACGAAUCAAGUUCAAGUUCAGCAACCUCAGGAGAAGAAACGUCCUAUUGAAGCAGUGCCCAAUGAUCAUCAAUUACAUCAGUCGGCUCACAACAACAAACGUCCUCGAACAGGUGCACCACAUGCUCUGCCUCCUCAUGUCUUCACUCCUCAUUACCAGCACAUCUUUAGGCCUAGUGUUAUGCCUGCAUCGUUUGGACUCCCUCCAAACGACUAUGCUGUUACUGGUGGACCAAAUUAUUUUUGUCACCCGAGGCCUUAUCCUCCCCCAUUUUAACGACCGUGUGAAUAUGCAUUUAUAGCGUGUUUGGUUCUGCAGUUCCUAUAAUCACUUUUGGGAGAAGCUACAGGGUGUAGUUUCUUGUGUUCUGCUCCAAACACACUAUAAUAGUGUAGUAGGCUUACUGUGCUUGUAAAUUGUAGCUUUUA